CCCCAGUGUGGAUUCACUAAUGUGUCUAGCACGAAAAUAGUCGGUGGGAUACCAGCGAAACUCAAUGCAUGGCCCUGGAUGGCUGCACUGGGAUUUAGAGAAACUCCAACUUCCGAACUGGAAUGGAAAUGCGGUGGUUCUCUCAUAUCGGCCAGACACGUAUUAACGGCUGCCCAUUGCGCGGUACGCAGUGAUCUAUUCGUCAUACGUCUCGGGGAUUUAAACUUGGUCCGUGACGACGACGGGGCACAUCCAAUUGACGUUGGAUUCGACAAAAAGAUUAUUCAUCCCAAAUACAGAAGGUUCGGAAAGAGGCGCGGGAAUGAUAUCGCUAUCAUCCGACUCGACCGUGAGAUACAAUUCACGUGUAAGCUUGAAGGUCCAUAAUAUGUUUAA